GGUAUGCUUCCAUUCAUUCGGCGCGCGACCGUCGAGUGAGUGAGACUGAAUCUCGGCACUUUUUUCCCCCGUUCUCCGGCCAAUCUCGAGCAGUGUGGAGUUUUCUUGCCCGUAGUGGCAUUGAAAUUGUGAUAGGUGGUGACGAUAUACAAACGCAGCAUCUUAUCAUCUCCCAAGAGAUUCCCCAAAAAGUGCAAGCAUUGAAAACACUGGAAAACACCCAGGAAAAAAAAAAACGUGUGACCCAAAAUCGCAUGUGAAAUUCUUCUUGUGCUUCUCUUCCCAAAUAAGAGAGAGAAAUUGUGUGUCAAGUGAUUUUCUUCUUUAAAUUUUUUAUUCAACCCGAUAACUCUCGUGUAAAAGUGUUUGCUGUGUGAGACGAAGAGGGCAGUAGAGCCACUUGAGCCAAUUUAGUUGAUUUCUGCAAAAGUAAAAAUUAAAUUGAUAGUCUUCCGGGCGCUGUAGUACAUAAACUCCUUCACAAUAGUCGCCCUAAACGGAUUAUCUAUGAUGACGAUGGAUGUAACCAAAAGUGAACCCCAAUCGGGGGUUGGCGGCGGUGGUGGUGGGAAUGGUCAGAAUGCGAAUCAACUAUGCGCCGGGUGUGGUAAACACAUUCAGGAUCGGUAUCUGCUGAGAGCACUGGAUAUGCUGUGGCACGAGGAUUGCCUCAAGUGCGGAUGCUGUGAUUGUAGAUUAGGUGAGGUGGGUUCAACACUCUACACCAAAGGGAAUCUCAUGCUCUGCAAGCGCGACUAUCUAAGGCUGUUUGGUAACACGGGCUUCUGUGCAGCCUGCAACAAAGUCAUCCCGGCAUUUGAGAUGGUCAUGAGGGCCCGAAGCAAUGUCUACCACUUGGAGUGCUUCGCCUGCCAGCAGUGCAAUCACAGGUUCUGCGUGGGUGAUCGCUUCUACUUGUGCGAGAAUAAAAUCCUCUGUGAGUAUGACUAUGAGGAGAGGCUGGUAUUUGCAUCAAUGGCAAAUCAUCCCAUGCUGAAGCGACAUGCAACAUCCCUGGCCCAGAAUGUUCCACCACAGAGUCAGCAGCAGAGCUUAAUGGCUCUGGGGCAUCCAGGUGGUGGCAAUGGGGCCCCAGUGGCGACAAUGGCACAAAUUGGGGCACAACAGCGUCCACCGGGGGAUCACAAUAACAACCAGAAUGCCAAUAAUGCAGCCAAUCAGUCCAAUGGACCACCACCACCAUUUGGGACUCCAAGUCAUCUAAAGCAGACUCUCGGGACAUCAAGUUAAGUCCUGAGCUUUAUUUUUAAAUCCUUAUUUCUGUUUUCAUAUCUUGGACAAGGAGUUUAGUGUGAAAGGGAGAACAAUGCAGUUCUCUUGUUUAUUUUUCACAAGGAAAACCCUUUCAUGUGAUUUUCUCAAAAUUAAUUUUUACAAAAUGAGAAGAAAACUGAAGAAAAGGUCCUAGAAUUUACAUUGUAGGAUGGUGCGAAAUGCCGCCAUGUUGAUUUAUUAUUAACUUGAGUCCUUUGGCAGUUAAGGAUAAUUAACUGGCGGUCUAUUUCAAAGCUUUCAACGGAUCCGAAAAGAAUAAAGGAUCAGAAUGAGAAAUUUUAGUUGAUAAGGGGGAUCUUGCAAAUCCUAACUAUGUCUAUAAUAUAAACAUAUAGACUCUAUGUGGUCUCUGUAGGAAUGAAGAUCAAGAGGAUAAUGUCCCUUAAAUGAAUUCCCAAAAAAAUCCAUCAAUGAAAGGAAUAAAUUCUCCUAAUUGAAUUCUAAAUUGUUAAGACUAUUAGUUUGUUGUUGUUAUUAAAAAAAAAAAGAUUACCUACCUUAAUCAUUGUAAAGAGAACAAAAAGACGAUAAUUUUUUUUUGAAAUGAAGAUUAAGAAUUUCAAAAUAAACUUUUACUCUCUAGUCAAAAAGUAAAAACAUUAAAAAAAAGAUUGAUUUUGCGGAAAAUAUUCUUGGCUAUGAAGUCAAAAAGAUCUAAAUGAGUUUUAAUUUUAUAGAUCUGCUAAAUCUUCUGUCGAAGAAUUACUGAUAAAAAACGAAUUGUUAGACAGGAAAAUAUUUUCCACAAAAUUGAUCCUAAAACUUCAAUCUUGACUGCAUUUUCAAAAGAAAAGAAAAACGGUUUAAAAAAUAUACAAAUCAUAUAAUCUAAAAAAAAAUAAUCCAAAAAUAAUCUUUCGGAAACUUUCAAAAAUUUCUCUUGAAAAAGCUCUUUGGAAUUAAAAACAAAAAUAUAUUUAAAAAAAAUGAAAUAAUCACAACAUAAUAAAAAAAAUUAACCAUAGAAAAUCGCUGUACGACAAUUUUGGAAAAAAAAAAUCUUCUAUGACAAGAGAUUUAUUAACAAAAAACGGAAAUAUCAGUUGAUUUCAUGAAAUAUGUAUAACUAAUUAAGACCCCACCGAUUAAGUUAAACAAAAAAGGAUGUACCCCAGGAUAAAGACAAAUUUGGUUGUUGAUUAAUUUUUUAAAUACAUAAUGUAUAAAGAUUACCAAUUAGAUGUAGAAAAUUUUCAAUUGUAUUUAAAUUUAAAAAAAAAAAAUGAAAAAAAAAUCAUUAAUCGGUAGUCGAGGUAUAAAAAAAAAUAAUAAAAAAUAAAUAAAUUUCAUGUGGCAUUGUAAAUAUUCUUCAGAAAAAAAGCGAAAGGUGGAAAAGAAAAAAAAUGAAACGAAGAAGAAACCAAAGACAGUGAAAUAAAUUAUGAAAGAAAAAUUGAAAGAAAAA